GCGGCCCCGACUAGUCGAGCUCAGAGUGAUAGAUGAGUAGUUUUGAAAAACCAGCGCGAUCUUUGUUUUGUUUUGUUUCGUGAAGUUGUUUCUGUCCAGAUGUUUCCACAGUUUCACGUUUAUUUCUUUGUCUAAUUUCAAUGAUAGAAAAUCGUCCGGUUCCCGGGUUGAGGUCGCGGAUAUGUCGACAAAGAAACUGGCCAAACAGCUGGGGUUGUUGAGGCAGAGGAGCCAGUCUUCCUCUGGGUCAAAGAAAACACUGGUGUCCAAUCAGAUAUUUUCAUACCUGAUAGUGAUCGACUUUGAGUCCACUUGCUGGAGAGAGAAAAACCACUACAGCCCGGAAAUUAUUGAGUUUCCUGCUGUUCUGCUGAACACUUCCUCGGGGGAAGUCGAGUCUGAGUUUCACACGUAUGUUCAACCCCAGGAGCACCCCACCCUGUCCGAGUUCUGCACCGAGCUGACCGGGAUUGCACAGAUGCAAGUUGAAGCAGGGAUCCCGCUGCGGAUCUGUCUGUCUCGGUUCUGUCGCUGGCUGCAAAACCUGCAGCUUGAGAAGAGUGUGGUGUUUCCCAACAAACAACAGAAGUGUUCUCCAACUUCACCUUCUCAAAAACUGUGUACUUUCCUCACGUGGUCAGACUGGGAUCUUGGAGUUUGUUUGCAGUACGAGUGUAAACGAAAGCAGCUGAGUAAACCUGACGUUCUCAACAGCUGGAUAGAUCUGAGAAGCACAUACAGACUCUUUUACGACAGGAAACCCAAAGGCCUGAAUGGGGCACUUCAAGAUCUCGGAAUAAAGUUUUCAGGAAGAGAACAUUCAGGUUUGGAUGAUUCCCGAAAUACAGCUCAGCUGGCAGCGAGGAUGAUGAGGGAUGGGUGUGUGAUGAAGAUCACUAGAAGCCUUGAGAGGGUGAGUGGCUAUCGUCCAGCGCAUCCCAGCUCCUAAAUACCUGGCCCCCUCCUGUCUCCAAAAGCAAAACCUGUCAUGGAUGUCGACCAAGAUAAAUGGAGAUCUUCAUGGUUGAAGCUUAUUUGUUUCUGAGA